ACUCUUUUAGUACAGCGUUGGCGUGCGAGACAGACGGUUCGGUUUUCUGGGCAGCAGUCAACUUCAAAACGAGUUCGUUAUUAACCACAUACUGUGUAAACAUAUCUGUGUGCGAUCAGACAUACUGUACGAACAGCACACACUUUUCGGUGCCGAAAACAAAAGCGAGCACCGGCAGCCAGCAGAAGACCAAAAAGAAGACCAAGAAGAAGAAGAAGACCAAGACCACAAGAGCAAGAAGAAGAAGAAGUGGCCAAGAGUGCAGCCUCCCGUUUCCAAGAGGAGCAGCGUGAAAAACCAAGGCAGCUCGAGCGCAUCGAGCGUGCAAAUUAAAAGCGCACCACAGUAGCCCCGGCCCCAACUUCUCUCGACAUGGAAGUGGCCACAACAAACAAUCACAGUCAGAGCCAUCACCAUCAUCAUCAUCAUCAUCAUCUGCAGCCCACUGGCGGCGGAGGAGGGAGUGGAGGGGGGAGUGCGGGGGGCUCGAGGUCCCCCUUCCAGCGGGAGGUGCGUGAAUGGCAGCGCAUCGAUCCCAAUACCGGAGCCCUCUUCAGCGGACGCCUGGAGGCUGACCGCUGGAUAAACGGACCGCUGAACAGCUACGGCAAGAUAUCCGACUCCCAAAACAUCUCACAGCCGAAUGGCACACAGCACACGCAGCGCAAACAGCUGGAGGUGCUGAAGGCCCGCACCGCCAACGGGGCGAUGCAGGUGAUCCGCACCCAGACAGUGCAAAAGAGCUCGUCCUCGUGGUCCUCCUCCACCUCCACCACCACCACAUCCACCACCCAACACCACCACCGCACGAGCAAUGGCAUUGGCAAUGGCCACGAUCCACCGUCAAAGCCAAUCACAAUCCUUCCCACAAUUGAUCAGGGUGUUGACAUUUGCGAACUUAGCGACGAUUGCAGUUUGAGCGGCAGUGAUGCUGGCAUCGUUCGCACCGCAUCCGCAGAUACAUCCGCAUCGAAAUCCGCCUCCACCUCCGCCUCCGCCUUCGCAUCCGCAUCCGCACUGAGCCAGGAGCUCAUCGACGAUCAUGUUGAUUUCGUGGUGAUUAAUGGCGAGUCGAGCGAUCAAGACGACGCCGCCGACGAGCAUUUGCACAAAGUCGGACACAAUUUGUUACCCGAUACGGCGCCGAGUCUGAAAUUGAGCAAUCUAAUGAAAAGCAGCUCGAGCAUUUCCAGCCAGAGCAGCAACAACUCGAACCUAACAAAUGCAGCACAGGCAACGGCGAGCAACACCCACAGAAGUGCGGGCAAAAUAAGCCUACAUGCAAUUGUGGGACCAGAAUCAUCAUCAUCAUCGUCGUCAUUAUUGUCAUCGCCAGCGGUUUGGGCCAAGCAGUCGUCCGACUUAUAUGGCCAACACCCCGGUGGCGUGGGUGGUGCUGCUUCCACUAAGCCAGUGGUGAGUGGUGCUGCUGGUGGUGCUGACGUAGCUGCCACAACGCCAACGCAGCGUCGUGAUUUGGAAAGUUUCCGGCAUUAUAACGAUGACGACGACGACGACGAUCUGCGGCUCACUGCUCGUCACCAGAGGCGUCAGCAGGUGUCCCAGUCGGUCUACGCCCCGCCGUUGCCCUCGAUCGGAUCCACAUUGCUCCAGCGCUCCCGCUCCAUUUCCACGGAUGAUCUCAGCAACGAUUGGGAGCGAGAGGAUCCCGCCGAGCAGCCGGUGGGUGAGUGGCGACGGGUCAGCAAGCUGCGGCGCUCCUUCCAGUCGCAGGAUCACUACAAGACUCCGGCAUCCCUGACCCGACCAAAACCCCUCGAUUUGCCGGUGAAUUCGGUGAGCGUGGCUCGUUUGCGAGCGGAACUGGAGAACGGACGUCGUCUGCACACGGCCAUGCGGAAUAAUCACGUGGACUUGGCGGCUUUGGAUAAUAUACUGAACACCCCCGCGGGAGCCAAACCUUCGGUGGCCAAAAGAAACACCUUCUUAACAGCCGAAUCCCUGCAGGAGAUACGCGGCAAGCUGAAGAAGCUCUCCGACGAGAGUCUCUACAAGGAGGACUUCCUGGCCUACCACCAGAAGAAGCCAGUGGUUGUCAGGGAGAUCAGUGUGGAGAAGGUGGACCCAACGCCACCGGUCAACUCAGCCUUUCGACCCGUUCACAAUACCCACAGCUUGGAGUCCCGCCAGAGGCAGAAGGACACCAGUUCCAGUGAGUGGCACCUGCGGCGGAAGUCCUACGGUUUCGAGAAGAUGUCGCCACCGGAGGAUAAGAGCAUUUUCCGGGUAGAUGCCUCCACGGAUAGUGGGUUGGGCAGAUCCGGAGAGCAGCUGGGUAACUGGUCACCCACUGAGAAAGAAAGGGAGAGAAACGAAAGGAAUGCAGCUCACCAGAGCAACGGAGGAGGUGGAACCAUUGUGCACUUUGGCAGAUCCCUGAAACCCAUUCCAUCAUCGAGUCCCACGGAAGGAGAACUCAGCAAGCGGCAUUCGAUUGCGGUGGAGGAAACCUGGCGCGAUAUACGGAAAACCUCGCAGGUGCACGUGAAUGGGGGAACCGCCAUUUCCAGCAUCUCGAACUCCACCACCAGCAGUCACCUGCACAAGGGUAGUGCCCAGAAGCGAGUGGAGUUCUGCAAGACGGAGGUGCACUUCGCGGCCGAAUCGGGUCGCGUUAAUAUCGUGGAGACCGACGGCAAGCCGCCGCCCACGCAAAACUUUCGCCGCCGACGCCGCACCACCGCCAGCGGUCCGCUUCAGAGUCUGGUUAAGUCAGCCAGUGCCACCAGCAGCGGCACCACCAACAGUAGUAGCUCCAGCACCACUCAGAGCAGCGACGUGACCCACUUUGGCGAUGAUCCACAGCGCCGCAAGACGAUCGCCACCAGCACGGUCGCCUACCGAGCCACGCUCAUGGAUCCGCCGGAGGUGGUCACCCAGCCGAUUUCCAGCAGCAGUAGCAUCACCAGCAACAGCACUCAAGUAACAGUGACCACUGUACCCAAGCCCGUGAACGAACCACGGUACAGUCUGAUGGAGUCCACUUCGCGGAACAGCUACACCUCCACCAGUGGUGUGGACACCACGGACAACGAAACGGAUGAGCUAUCCAACAUUCGCGGGAUUUUGAAAAACAAGCCUAUUAAACCCAAACCAUAUCACCUGGGUGAAAAUAUUGAAAGUGCUGAUGUUCUCUGGAGUGUUCCAGCCAUGAAAAUGGAUCGCGAGAGCCCCUCUGCUAGGGAUAGUGGCACCACCAGUGACUCCCCCAUUAGUCCCAAGUCGGUGGCAGAAAGAAUUCGCAUUGUGGAGCAAAGACAACAGCAGCAGCAACCUUCGCCAUCCGGCAAUGGUUACUCGACCAAGAUCAAUGUGAGCCUGGGCUCCGAGGAAUGGAUGGAACCAGGCACUGCCAUAAGUCAUCUGCCCAGCUCGAAAUACCGACCCAACCGACGUCCCAGUGCCCAGGAGCUGUUGCUGGAGGAUCUGCGCCAGCAUCAGCGCAUUCUGGACGAGGGCUUGAAGUCCACAUCCCUGAUAAUGAGAACGAUGCGAUCGGCGAGCGAAUUCGAUGAGGCCAUGCGUCGCCUGAGCAUAGCUUCGAUUGAGUCCGCCUUGGUCCAGCCCACGAUUGUGGUGCCCACGCCCAUGUUGCGAUCGCACAGCUACCAGGAGGAGGGAUCCUACUCCUCCGCCAGGAGACCCUCCACCAUCUCCACCACCUCCAUCACGAGCAGCGAUCUCUUCGGGAGUGCCCUGUACGAUUCCCUCCCUCGAACUCCUUUGGCUCCACCGCGUCUUAAACUGCUGGGAAAUACCCAAAUCCCGGUGAGCCAGCAGUUGACCCAGUUGAGAAGGCUCUACGACGCCGCCGAACAGGAUCAGGAGGACAGUGCCGACGAGGAGGUGAAGCGCUACUUCCGGGACAGCAACAGCGACAGUGGCGGAGGAACCCAGGGAAGCUCUUCUCCGGACCAACAGCCGGCGGAGUUGUUCAAGGGCAGCGAGUACUCCAGCAGCUGGAGUCGCCUCAAGGCGAAGAGAACCAUCUGGAAAAUAGAGACGCAAGAUCAGACGCUUCAAGAAGCAGAUCUUCCCAAAUCGAAUGUGAUGAACAUAGCUCUCCACGCUCCCCGAAUUGAGAAGCCGAAGCCAACUCCCCCUACCCUUCGAAUUGGCCAACUUGUGCCUGUGGCCAAGCCGAGAACCCUGUUCAUUCAACCACAAAUCCAAACACAGACCACCACGGAAAACGCCGAUGAGUCCGGCAGCGAAUCCUUGAAGAUUGUGAAGGAGGCACGCGGAGCUCGAAAGCUGAGGGAGCACGAGCUCUCCUACUUUGGAGUGCAGCAGAAUCAGCAGCAGAAGACGAAAAUAUCAACGCCUAGCACUAAUCCCCGAAGGACUCUGCCAAGUCGCAGCAAACUAAUCCACAAUGAUGAGGUGAAGGCCAACACCACGACCACAACCAAGUGGCAACUGCUGAACGAUCGACCCGAUCUGCUGAGGCACAGUAGUCCCCAGCAAAACGACAAUGACACGACCAACGACUACGACCAGGAUGACGACCGAGAUGAGGACGAGGAGCACUGCUACGAGAACAUCGCCACGGAGCUGACCACCACCUUCCGGGUGAAGUCUCCUUCAGUUUCUCCAGAGAGAUCCCGAUCCCCGGGCAGUUACGAGCGGAAAGCCGAUCUGCAGAGGGACGCUCAGAUUUUGAGUGAAAUGACCCGCAACGCUGAUCAGACUUUGAAGGCUCUCUCCGACGAGGCAGCCAUCAAGGAUCAGCGGCGCAGAUCUUGUUCCCUGCAGCGUCGCAGCGCCAAGCCUUUGGAGACCAUCGACGAGAAGGUGAAGGUCUAUCCCCAGCCGAUGGGCGUGGCCCGUGGCACUUUUGCCUCGGAGGCGCGUCGCAACUCCCGGCAGUCGACUCCUUCGCCUUCGAGGGCCCGCAGCUCGUCGCAGUCCUCCAUCGAGUGCUGUCCACGUGACAGAUCCCGUUCCAGUUCGCGGGAGUCGAUGACCCACGGCGGCGGAUCCUCCGAUGACCAGGUAGCCACCAAACAGCGAGCCGAACGACUGCGCAUGCGCACCCCGAAAAGGGAGAAAUCGCGCCAUGAACCAAUCGAGGUUCGAAUCAACCGGCACAGCAGCAAAUCGAGGAGCGGUUCAAGUGCCGCAGCUCCAGGAUCAUCUUCCCUGGAAUCCAAACGAAGCUCACAUCACAGUCGCCACAGCCGAGAGGUGGAUCACUCCACGGAGACCAAGACCUCCUCCUCCAGUCGGUUGGUGCGGUCUUCCCGAGUCGGAGAUGAAAGUCGCUCCAGACAAAAUGGCCAUCGGGAUGGCCAUCGGGAGAAGGAACGCGAUCGAGAACGCUCCCGAGGAUCCGAGAAACACCGCGAGGAACUCACACGUUCCAGGGGUCACUCCAGUCGCUCUAGGCACAGUGAGCACCCGUCGUCGGGAACGCGGGAGAGCAGUCGGCCAAGUAAGACGAGAUCGAGUCGCAGUAGCCACGACUCCUCGACGGCACAGCACAAAAAGUCGAGCACGACGACCACGAGCACCACAGCCAGUUCGAAGGCAUCGAAAAGCACAGCGCAUAAGCCAUCCGCAUCAUCAUCGAGCACCACAACAACCGCACAACCCACUCACAACGAACUGACACACGGUAAAAGCACACUGAAUGGACACCACCAUCAUCAUCAGCACCAGCACAGCAGCGGUGGCAAACAUCAAGGAUCUGGACAUGGCAAUCGGGAGCAGCAGCCACAUCAUGUCCACGGAUUGACCACCUCGUCGAUUACGGCCAGCCGACAUCAGCGAGAUCGCCACGGCAAGGAUAGGAAAUAAAUACGGGAACUCCGGCGAGGAAGCAACGAACUACUAAAAAUAAAAAAACAUCUAAUUUAAAUGAUAUAUAUAUAUUUACAUUUGUAAUGCGCACUAACCCCUGAACGACCAACCCAAUUCGAUGAGACUUUGUUUUGGUAAUUUGCGAAAUUUUCUGGCUUGUGAAAAAAUUUCAAACAAAUUACUUCAGGUUGACGGGACCAAAACUAACCGAUUGACUAAUAUUCGAUACUGCUAAAUGUGACUUUGAAAACGUUCAAGUUCCCAGUUCCUGACCGCAUUUCCACACAUUUUUCAUACACACACACAAACAAGCUUUGGCAUUGCACUCGAAAUUCAAGUAUUAAAAUUAUGCCAGCAAUUCCCCAAAAUGAAACUAAACACUAAACAUAUAAAAUAACAAAUGAUACUCAUAUAUAUUCUUCGAUAGCAUUUAGUAUACGACAAGCAAAAGUGAAUGAAAAUAAAUAAAAUACAUAUUUCAA